AGGUCGCGCUUUCUGGCCCCGGCCGGCUGUAGCUUCAGCUUCAGCUAACCGCACAGUUGCAGGAUUCGAGAUGCUGCUGCAGCCGAGUUUGCUCCGCCGCGUCCUACUGGUCCGCCCAUGGAACGGGGUCAGGCUUCGGUGGAAGCACCUGCAGGUGGCCAAUGAACCCAUCUUAGCGUUCACGAAGGGCACCCCGGAGCGAGAAGCACUUCAGAAGGCCUUGAAGGACCUGCAGGGCCGGACGGAAGCCAUCCCAUGUGUGGUGGGUGACGAGGAGGUGUGGACUUCCGAUGUGCAGUACCAGCUGUCGCCUUUUAACCAUGGAUGCAAGGUUGCCAAGUUCUGUUAUGCAGACAAGGCUCUGCUCAACAAGGCCAUCGAGGCCGCCUUGGCUGCCAGGAAAGAAUGGGACCUGAAACCAGUUGCAGACCGGGCCCAGAUCUUCUUGAAGGCGGCAGACAUACUGAGUGGGCCGCGCAGGGCCGAGAUCCUCGCCAAGACCAUGGUGGGGCAGGGAAAGACGGUGAUUCAGGCUGAAGCUGAUGCUGCGGCGGAGCUCAUUGACUUCUUCCGAUUCAACGCCCAGUUUGCUAUGGACCUGGAGGCUGAGCAGCCCGUCAGCAUGCCGCCUAGCACCAACCGUGUGGUGUACCGGGGGCUGGAGGGCUUCGUGGCAGCCAUUUCACCUUUUAACUUCACUGCGAUUGGUGGCAACCUGUCAGGGACUCCAGCCUUGAUGGGCAAUGUGGUUCUGUGGAAGCCCAGUGACACUGCCAUGCUGGCCAGCUACACCGUGUACCGUGUCCUCCGGGAGGCUGGCCUGCCCCCCAAUAUCAUCCAGUUUGUACCAGCGGACGGGCCCGUAUUUGGGGACACUGUCACCAGCUCGGAGCACCUCUGCGGCAUCAACUUUACAGGCAGCGUGCCCACCUUCAAGCACCUGUGGAAGCAGGUGGCACAGAACCUGGACCGCUUCCGCACCUUCCCACGCCUGACUGGAGAGUGUGGCGGGAAGAACUUCCACUUCGUGCACCGCUCAGCCGACGUGGACAGCGUGGUGAGCGGGACGCUGCGCUCGGCCUUCGAGUACGGCGGCCAGAAGUGCUCCGCCUGCUCGCGCCUCUACGUGCCCACCUCGCUGUGGCCGCAGAUCAAAGGGCGGCUGCUGGAGGAGCACAGCAGGAUCAAAGUGGGCGAUCCCACGGAGGAUUUUGGGACCUUCUUUUCUGCAGUGAUUGAUGCCAAGUCCUUCGCACGCAUCAAGAAGUGGCUGGAGCAUGCCCGCUCCUCACCUAGCCUCAGCAUCCUGGCGGGGGGCAAGUGUGACGACUCCGUGGGCUACUUUGUGGAGCCCUGCAUCGUGGAGAGCAAGGAUCCUCAGGAGCCCAUCAUGAAGGAGGAAAUCUUCGGGCCUGUGCUCACCGUGUAUGUCUACCCAGACGACAAGUACAGGGAGACCCUGCAGCUCGUCGACAGCACCACCAGCUACGGCCUCACGGGGGCAGUGUUCGCCCAGGAUCAGGAUGUUGUCCGGGAAGCCACAAAGGUGCUAAGAAACGCUGCUGGUAACUUCUACAUCAAUGACAAGUCCACUGGUGCCGUGGUGGGCCAGCAGCCCUUCGGAGGAUCCCGGGCCUCUGGAACCAAUGACAAGGCAGGGGGUCCCCACUACCUCCUGCGCUGGACGUCACCCCAGGUCAUCAAGGAGACCCACAAGCCCCUGGGAGACUGGCGCUACUCCUACAUGCAGUGAGCCCCGCUCAGCACUCUCGCCGUCCACCUGUUGGUCCAUCCAGACGACUGACCUGCUGCACGUCGCCCACGCCCCGCUCCACAGGCUCCUCGGGGACAGUGCCUCUUGUAGAGCCUCUUCCACCAUGUGUCCAUCUCCCAGCCCCUCCGUCCCCAGUGUCAGGUGUCUAGGCUCUGAUUUGAGGUCACAUUGGGACAGAAAGAGCAGUUGACCCCCUUUCCUAUCAGCCAUCCUGACACUGCCCUGCCGUCUAGCAGGUACAACUCUAGGACCUGGCUAGUUCUCCAUCCGUCUCCUUCCCUCGCUCUCUGCUGGGCCCAGUUGCUCAGGGACCUGGGGAAUGCAGAGGGAGACCCUCUGGGGACCCUGUGGGGAGAGGAAGCAGCUCCAGGCCCCGUGGCAGCCUCGCCACUCCCAGGGGCUCUUGGUUGUGGCUAGGGGUGGUGUGCAGGGCACAAGCAGCACAGCUCCCUGUCCUCUGUGGCCUUUGCUGCCCCCUCCCUGUUCUGUGUCUGUCUAGCCCACCUGUGCCCAGCCAUAUGCCUUAGACACCAUGUGCCUUCCUCCCGGUGCCCAUGUCCCCCCAAGGUCCAGGAGGGCCACAAGGCCACGAGGGCCACCUUCCAAGGCGUGAGAGGAGGUAAUCUUCCCAGGUCGGCUGCCAUUUUGGAAAUUGUGGAUCACCUCUACUCUGUCAGGCUGUCCCUUAGCUCUUCUGGUCCUGCCUCUGGAGACAUCCAGAGUCCAUGAAAAGAGUGGAUGCCCCGGCAGGGGCUUGGCUCAGCCCAGGCUGACCUUGCUGGCCCUUUUUCUCUGCCCCAAGACUUGACUGGCUGAGGAUAGGCCUCUGGACUCCUCCUGAGCGGGUCAGGGCUCUGUGUGAUGCGCCCGUUGGUGGCCUGUUCUUGGCCAGGCGUACCGGUGAUUGACUAGCAAAGGAAAUCCCAUGGUGCCUGGGUUCUAGUGUUCAGGGCUGUGCUUAGGGGGGCUGAGGGAGCUCUGGGGUCCGCAGAGCUGCCGUGGGGACACCCAGGUGCCUGCUCCACACCAUCACCCACAGACUGGGGCGGGUCCAGUGCCAUCUUGGCCAGGCGUGGGCUCUGUUUCCUUCUGAGUUCUGUGUCGUUGCCCAUGGUGUGCUGGGAGAGGGGCACAGGCUGAGGGUUUUCUACUGAUUCUGCACUGUGAGGUAGCAGUGGGUACACCCAGUGCCACCAAUAAAGCAACUGUCACCUGACAAAACUGUGGU